AUGAUGAAAAAGCUCUACAAGAACGUGUUUGUCACAGUGGGCACGACCGAGUUCCAGGAUUUAGUGCGAGUCGUAUCAUCUGUCGCCGUUUUGCAGCAGUUAUCGGUUUUGGGUUGCGAAACGCUCACAAUACAGUUUGGAAAAGGAGAAGAGCUCAACGUGGAACACAUUCAAAAGCUAACUAGCAUCCGAUUGUCUGCGUACGGACUCAAGAGCAGUAUCGGUGAAGAUGUAAGCCGAGCAGAUCUGGUGAUCAGUCAUGCCGGUGCCGGAAGUUGUAUAGAAGUGUUGGAGGCGGGAAAACCGUUGAUUGUCGUCGUGAACGAAACGCUGAUGAACAACCAUCAAACUGAGCUGGCCGAACGUCUAAGUAAGGAUAAGAAUCUCUUCUACUGUUCACCGGAUACGUUGCUGCAGACGUUGGCGGCGUCCGACCUUAAACAGCUAGAGAAACUCGCCCCCGGUGCGUUAGAUAGUUUCGUGAAUCAUUUGGAUACAUUCAUGGGAUUCAGAUAG